GUUUUGAACUACAGUUCCGAUUGGGCCCGACUCUUCAAGGCAAGGCCGUUACCGUGUACACAAAUUACCCAGCUCCUGGAGAAGUAUUUGAUCGCCACAAGUUCAGGACACUAUCGUGGCACAAUCCCACAGGAAAAGAAGAUGACUCUGACAAAUACUGCAAGCUAGAUCUCCAAAUUUCUGGGUCAUACCAGUACUAUUUCUGUCUUGGAAAUGAAAAAAGUGGUGGAGGUUACAUAGUUGUGGAUCCUAUUUUGCAUGUCGGAGCCGAUAAUCAUGUGUUACCUUUGGACUGUGUUACGCUCCAGACGUUCCUCGCUAAGUGUCUGGGACCGUUUCAUGAAUGGGAAGAUAGACUUAAAGUUGCAAAAGAAACAGGUUACAACAUGAUUCAUUUUACACCACUGCAGAAGCUUGGACUGUCUAGAUCAUGUUAUUCACUGGCUGAUCAGUUAGAAGUAAAUCCUGAUUUUUCAAGCCAUAAUAAAAAGUGCACUUGGAGCGAUAUAGGAGCUCUUGUGGAAAAAUUGAAAAAUGAAUGGAAUAUGCUUUGCAUCACGGAUGUAGUCUACAAUCAUACCGCUGCUAACAGUGAAUGGCUCAGGAUGCAUCCAGAAUGUGGCUAUAACCUUGUAAAUUCUCCUCACCUGAAGCCAGCUUGGGUCUUGGAUAGAGCUCUGUGGCACUUGACCUGUAUGGUGGCUGAUGGAAAGUACACUGCUAAAGGAAUCCCUCCCUUGAUUGAAAAUGAUCAUCACCUGAAUUGUAUCCGUAAAAUAAUUUGGGAAGAUAUAUAUCCAAAAAUCAAACUAUGGGAAUUUUUCCAAGUGGAUGUUAACAAAGCUGUGCAGCAAUUUAAAACCCUUCUAACUCAAGGCAAAAUGAGCACUAAAUCUGAUCCAAAUCAACAUCUUCAAAUAGUCCAGGACCCUGAUUAUAGACGAUUUGGCUGUACUGUAGAUAUGAAUAUAGCAUUGGCAACAUUCAUACCACACAGCAAUGGACCAGCUGCAAUAGAAGAAUGUUGUAACUGGUUUCGCAAGAGGAUUGAGGAACUGAAUGCUGAACAAUACAGACAAACUAAUCACCAUCAAGAGCAGGCUGUCAAUUGUCUUGUGGGGACUGUGGUUUAUGAACGACUGGCUGGUGAUGGUCCUAAGCUGGGUCCUAUCAGUAGAAAAUAUCCUUUAGUUACCAGGUAUUUUACUUAUCCAUUCAAUGAGCUGACUCUGGAGGAAGAAGAAACUAUGAUACAUCAGCCAGAUAAAGCUUGUUAUUUCAUGGCUCAUAAUGGCUGGGUUAUGGGAGAUGAUCCUCUUAGAAACUUUGCAGAACCAGGUUCAAAUGUUUACUUGAGAAGAGAGCUUAUUUGUUGGGGAGACAGUGUGAAACUGCGUUAUGGUAGUAAACCUGAAGACUGCCCGUACCUCUGGGCACAUAUGAAAAAAUACACUGAAAUCACUGCCAAGUACUUCCACGGUGUUCGUCUUGACAACUGUCACUCAACACCUAUUCAUGUAGCUGAGGAGAUGCUAGCAACAGCCAGAUCAGUCAGACCUAAUCUUUAUGUGAUAGCUGAACUCUUCACGGGCAGUGAGUACAUUGACAAUGUUUUUGUCAACCGCCUGGGAAUUACCAGCCUGAUUAGAGGUACAAUAAGCAGUUGAAAAUUAUGUAGGAUUGUCGUGUAUGGUUUGGAGUUUUUAACGUGAAACUAACAUUGGUAUGCUUUUUUUUAUUUUCCUCACAUAUUCAUGUUCUUUGCUUAUGCAAUUACCUUUUCUUCUUCAUGUUCUAUUUAACUUCUCCUGUGUUGUAUGCUAAUUCUUGAUUUUUGCUUAUGUUUGUGUGUCCUCUUCUGUGUAACAACUCUUUUUGUUCCUUAAUUUUGUCUUUCUGUUUGUCUUUGCUGCAUGGCAUUUUCCUAUUGUCCAAUCCCUGCCUAGCUUUGAAACUUGUCCUUUUUUGUAUCUACCUUUCCCCUUUCUGUGGCUUUUUUGGCUGUGCUUUUUGCAGUACAUGCUGGACACAGCUAGAAAAUUGCGAGCCGAUUUGUAUGUAGUGGCUGAACUGUUCACAGGAAAUGAGGAGCUGGACAAUAUCUUUGUGAAUAGGCUGGGCAUUACCUCCUUAAUAAGAGGUAGGCUUGCUGUGUGUGCGGUCUCUUUCCAACGAGAGAUUAUAGAUGGC